AUGAGGUCUUCUCGGAGGGAAAGAGACCCGGUAUCACCGGGGGCCCCGACCUCCUACCUCCUCUCCACCUACCCCCUCGUAACCUGCGCCAGUGAAACGCGGGAGUACCUUUGCCUGCGCUGCGGGAUUCGCUACGCGGCGGUGCCCAUUCCGGAGUCCCACGCGGACGCCGCCCGCGCGGCCUACCUCGUCACUCUUCAGCAAAAACAACGAGCACGAGGGCGAGGGGGAGGGGUUCCUCCUACCGGACAGGCGUCGUUCUCCCAAACCUUCACCAGCCGCUCCACCUCCAUGGUUGAGUCGGCUUUGUAUAAAGAAGGAAAGGGGUGGAAGGGGGAGGAGGACCAGUCCCCGCGAAAACGGACUUUCAUGACGGAAUUUAACCCUUUAGCAUCCAUUGUGCGGGAGCGUUUUUCGUGUGGGGGGGACCUCCUCGCGAGUCAGACUUCCUGCACCUUCCGACAACUCACCGAGAUGGAGUCCAGAGUCUCCUUUGAUGUCAAGAUCCCGCGGAACGUGAACUUUUCCGGCAUGGAGACCGCGAGAGAGCGGCGGGGGAAUCCCAGGCACCCCCGCUCCACCACCUCGGAGCUCAGCAUCCCUUCGUUGGGGAGUGAAAUUAAACAUUUGAACCCCCCGCAAAGCAACGGGGCCGGGCGGCGUGGAAAUGGGCACCAGGUUCUUUCCGUCUCGCCCUUCAUCCUCGAGUACGCUAAUGCGGUACUCUCGGAGAAGGACUCCGAUGACGACGAAGCCGAGGGGAACCCCCUCGGCGGGGAGAAAAACGCCCCCUUUUCCUUGCCUUUCGCUCUGUCGAGUCCGAGAAGCGAGUGUUUUUCUUCCUUCGCCCGAAGUCACGACACCAGGGAGGAACACGAAACCCGCACGGGCGCCAACCCCCCGAAUGGAUCGCCGAGGGCGAAGGUUCCACCAUGUUUACCGCCCUACCGACUGCCGGCUACGCCGAGUCUGCCGGCGAGUUUCUCGCGAGCCGCGGAAGGGGUGGCCUCACGGCUGAAAUAUCGAAUGGUCCCCCACCUCCACCCACUCGAGGAUGGCGAUCGCGCCCCUCGUCCCCUUCGCUUUGUGAACCUACAGAAAGAAGCCCUCGCGCGGGAGCGGAUGCUCGUCAAGAAGGUCGAGCACAUCGCGAACCGCUCGAAGCUCUCUCAGCAGGUCUACCUCAAGGGCCACCUGGCCGCGAUGGGGAAUCUCCAGAACGCCAAAUCCAACGAGAUGGCCCAUCAACUUCAGCGAAAGGUCAAGGCCGCACUCAAUUCACGCUAG